AUGUCUGCCAGCAGAGCUUCGUCCAUGCGCGCCCUCAAAUUCCUGUCCGCACACAGCCGCCAGGUCGUCCGCAGCCGCCAGGUCCGCGGUCUGCACAUGACCGGCCCCGCGACCUUCCCGUCUCCCCUGCUCACCGCCGAGCGUCCCGCCAUCAACCUGCCCAGGGAUGUCGCUGGCCUUCGCGCGGAAUGUGCCCGGAGGCAGCUUCCCACGGCCGGAUCCAAGUCUGAGCUUACCGAGCGUCUGACCGCUGCUUCGUUGCAGGCACGUGGCUUCAGCUCCGCCAUCGAGAACAGCAAGCGGCCGGCCGCGGAUGGCCCCGCUGCAGCUUCCGCUCAGCCGACCCGCCACUUCAACACCAGCCGCUCUCUGAAGACCGUCAACGACAGCUCUACGAUUGACUUUGCCUAUCUGCCCGAGAGCAACGUCGAGGCCGAAGCGUUCAAUAUUCGCGUGCCAUUGGUCAGUUUCAACAGUCCUCGCGCCCAGACUAUUGAGGAAGUCGAAUCUCCCGAGCCCAUGCGUCCGGUCAUCAGCACUGUCUCUGCUGACACGACGUACUUCCAUGCUCCUUCUGCUCUGGCGGACGUCGUGGACAAUUCUGCGAUUGACUUCCAAGGCCUUGCCAGUGCCGCUACCUCGGCUGCAUCCAAAAGCGUUGCCCAGACCGAGAGUACCAUCAAGAGGGUCUGGAAUGGUUUCCUAGACGACCUUCUCCCCUCUAAGCCGGCCGGUCUCGCUGCGAGUCGUUAG